GCACAAGCGCUUAACGUGUUAAUCCUGUAUACAUACUUCCUUUCCUGGCUAACAGUUGCUAAGAAUUUAGAAGUGGAAGCAUCGAUCGUCGCAAGACUCCUGCCAGAAGAAGAGGCUGUUUUUCAAGCACGCUGAGAUUGUAUUACUGAAUAGUUUGUGUUGAUUAUUUGUUUAUCAGCAUACACCUAGAGAACCGCUUGUUAGUUCCAAAGCCGAUACCAACCAGCGGCGCAGCCCCGUUCCGCUUGCUGCGCCGCCCAUGAAGCGGGAACGUGAGGAGGAGGAGGGUCCGCAAGACGCAGUUGCGGCGGAUGCAGGCGAUGACGCUGCCAAGCGCCAACGGCCCGAAGAAGCCAACGUAGAUGCUAAGCAGGAGUCCCAGAAGCCUGAGCAGGAGCUUCAGGAUGCCGAUCACCAAAAGGAGCAGCAGCAGCAGCCAGCGAAGGGUGACAGUCCGGAGCCUGACGGCAAGGAUGAGGAUGACGAGGUGUUCCUACCUCGCAGCACCAGCCGUGCCGCAGUCAAGAAGGGCAACGAGUGCCCCUACCUAGACACCAUUUCCCGUCAGAACCUGGAUUUCGAUUUCGAAAAGUGUUGUUCCGUGUCGCUCAGCCCGGUCAACGUGUACGUGUGUCUGGUGUGCGGCAAGUACUUCCAGGGUCGCGGGUUGAACACGCACGCAUACACACACGCGCUGGAGUCGGCGCACCACAUGUUUAUGAAGCUGGACAACGGCAAGGUGUACUGCCUGCCGGACAACUACGAGGUGCUUGACAAGUCGCUGGACGACAUCCGCCACGUGCGUGACCCGCGGUUCCGACCCGAGGAGAUCGCCAGCCUGGACAAGACCGUCAAGUGGGCUCGCGCGCUGGACGGCACGGAGUACAUGCCCGGGCUGGUGGGGCUGAACAACAUGAAGGCCAACGACUACAUCAACGGCGUCAUGCAGAUAUGCGCACGCAUCACACCGCUCAGGGACUUCUUCCUGGACCCCUGCAACUACGCCUCCUGCCGCUCACCGCUGGUGCAGCGCUUCGGCGAGCUGCUUCGCAAGCAGUGGAACACGCGCAACUUCAAGGGGCAGGUGUCGCCGCACGAGUUCGUGCAGGCGGUUCGUAACGCCAGCAAGAAGCGCUUCAGCGCGGAUGCGCAGUCCGACCCCGUUGAGUUCUGGUCCUGGCUGCUGAACAACCUGCACCUGGACCUCACGGGCGGGAAACCCAAGCGACCCUCCAUCAUCACGCAGUGCCUGCAGGGCGAGCUGGAGGUGACCACCCUAGCCGGCACCGGUAAGGGCACUCGUGCCGCCGCCAGCGGGCAGGACGUCACAGAGCGGGUGCCCUUCCUGCUGCUGGGUCUGGAGCUGCCGCCGGCGCCGCUGUUCAGGGACGUCAUGGAGAAGAACAUCAUCCCGCAGGUGCCCAUCUUCCACAUCCUGCGCAAGUUCGACGGCGACUCCCUUACCGACGACAUCCGCGCCGGUCGCCGCCGCUUCCGCAUCACCCGCCUGCCGCGCUACCUGGCGCUGCACUACCGCCGCUUCACCAAGAACAACUUCUUCACCGAGAAGAACCCCACCCUCGUCAACUUCCCCGUCAAGGGGCUGGAGCUGAGGGACGUGCUGCCGCUGCCGGAGCGGCCGGCGGCAGCGGCGGCGGGGGGUGCGGCGGCGGGGGCGCCCGGGGCGGAGGCGUACGGCUGCUCGUCCAAGUAUGACCUGGUGGCAAACCUGGUUCACGACGGCAAGGCGGAGGACGGCACCUACCGCGUGCACAUCCACCGGCGGGCGGAGGACAUCUGGUACGAGGUGCAGGACCUGGCGGUGCAUGACAUCCUGCCGCAGAUGGUUGCCCUCUCGGAGGCCUACUUCCAGGUCUUCGAGCUGCGGCCUGACGCACUGGCGGGACCGCUGCCGCCGCCGCACGCCCUGCCGCAGCACCUGCAACACCUGCAGCAGCAGCAGCAGCCGGACGGCUCCGGGGGGGCAGCUGCCGGCACCGAGACCACGACGGGUGCUGGGGCGGGUUGGAGCGCAGCAGCUGCUACGGA